AUGGAAGCAGGAGUGGUCCACGCGGUCGGCAAGCUCUGUGAGACACUAGCCACUAUGCCACCCGGCGAAUCAGGCUCUGUAUGGAUCACGUCACUUUUCAAGUUAGAUGUGUUUCGGUGGCUAGUUGCCUAUAUACUGCAAGGUGGUAUGCCAACGUUGUAUCUCUCGCGCGCUCACCGUUCACCAACCAAGCUCAUGUGA